AUGUGGAUUUUUGCAGUAGAAGUCGUCUGCCUUGGGACGUGGAUUCUUCUUUCAGCGAUGGAAAGUCAUGACGAGGACAGGACCAGUGCAUCUUCACGAGUUUCUUCUAGUACUGCGGCAACACCAUCACAGGUGUCACGUAAUGUCGCUGCGACGUGCACAUCCGCCCUCCGCAAGAACAGCAACACAGACUCCAAAGUGAAUGGAGUUAUAUUGUUUCUUGCAGGAAAGAACGAGCCUUUUUUCUUGUCAAGGACACUUCCCCUGCUGGAGGCGCACUUUCUGGUAUACUUCUCGUAUCCAGUGCACAUUUUCCAUGAAGACAUGCCUGAACAGUGGCAAACGGCGAUACGGGACGCGAUACCUUCGGCUUGUCGGGUGAGCUUUGAGGACGUGGGAAGGUUCUGGCGUGAGUUACCUGAUGGUGUGACGGAAAAGCAGCUUGCCGCGUGGAUGCGAACGCCACCACAGCGAAGAUAUCAAGGACGAGGAUAUCGCAUCAUGUGCCGCUUUUGGGCAGGACUUGUGUGGCGACUGCCUUCCUUGGAUGUCUACGAGUAUUAUUGGAGGCUGGAUACGGAUUCUUACCUAACGUCACAUGUUCCAUGUGACGUAUUUAAGUUGAUGCAGGUAAACCACUGCGUCUAUGGCUAUAGAAGCAUUCGGGGUGAAAAUCCACGUGUUGUGUGGGAGCUUUGGCCAACAUUUCUGAAGUGGGCCAAAGCGGCUCUCUCUCCUGCAGAGUUAGCAGGGUUAACAGGAUUUGCUUUAAAUGCAAGUACCAAAAAAUAUGAAGGAGUUAUGUAUUACAACAAUUUUGAGCUUGGAGCGAUGAAAUUAAAACGUCAUCAGCUGUAUCAUUCCUUGUUUCAAUUCUUGGACACGGAGGAGCCACGUGGGAUAAUGCGCUAUCGCUGGGGCGAUGCACCGAUUCAUACACUUGCCGUGGAGACAGUGAUGCAGCAUGAAGGUUGGAAAAAGUGUCAGUUUGAUAAACGGUUUGCUGGAUACAUGCACGGGAAACGAUAG